ACGGAAUUGGAGUCAAUCUUAACAGCUACAGAAGCGUGACGCAUCACGUCAAGCAUGACGAUGGAAAAUGAUGACAAAAAGGCAGACGAAAUAGAAAUGUUGCGAGAAAUUCAAUUUGUCACCGGAAGCAAAUACGAAGGAACGUGGAAUGCGAUCGAUAAGACAGGCAUCGGCAGAUAUGUCACGCCUUACGAAGUCGUGUUAGAGGGAGAAUUCCGAAACGGCAUGCUUCAUGGUCGUGGAAGUAUGUAUUGGCCAUGUGGGCAAAGAAUGGAUGCUGUUUGGAAUCGCGGAAAAAUGGAGCAAAGACGCUAUACGUUCGCAGACGGUUUAUCAUAUCGAGAAAGCGAUUGGGAUUAUUGCGUAUAUCCCGAUAGGCGAUUUUAUAAAUGCGUGGUGAAUGGACUGAAACCAGCCGGACAAAUACUGAAAACCAAUGACCAGCCCACUAAAAUUAUUCCUCCGUUGUGCUACGAUACCGGUGCUGGAAUGUUCGAUCCAGAUAGUAAUUGCAUAACGUCGUAUCGCGAUCACAAAAAAGUGCUCAAGAUUCCAACGAUGGUAGAAAGAGCAUGGAUAGAAAACAAUUGCCGAAAAGGCUGGGUAGAGCCAACUGGCCAUCAAGAAUGGUUGCAUGAAUAUUGGCAAUCGGGAACAGCUGAUUUUGCAACGUUACCGCAUGUCUCGCAAGAUGACGAAGCGGGAAUUUGGUGGCAAAGACUGACAAAAUUUGCCAGAGAUUACUCGCCCGCUGACAUGAUGAAUAAAAAUUAACACAAUUGUGCUUAAUGCAAUAAUCAAAAAGUUAAAAAAAUAUAGA